AUGUCUUUGGUGAAGUGGAAACUGGACUUAACAGGUGUCGGGACACGGACUGUAAGUCGUAACUUGGAUUCAUCCUUAAAUCCGCCUGGUUAUUCACAAACUGGGAUUACUGUGCAACAGACAGAACAAACUGGGGAUAGUGAACAAACGCAGCAUUUGAUGAAGAAGCGUGCAUGGGAUAUGGCAUUGCAACCCAUCAAGAGUCUACCCAUGAAUCUUUUCAUGAUGUAUAUGUCCGGCAAUACAAUCAGUAUAUUUCCAAUUAUGAUGAUCGCAAUGAUGGCUUGGCGUCCUGUUAAAGCUUUGAUGAGCGUUAAUCCUGCGUUUAAACCUUUGCAGAAUAUGGGAUCACUUUUGCUUCAUAAAUUAGUUUUCGUGCUUGGAAACAUGAUAGCGAUAGCAAUGGCUUUAUACAAAUUACACAGUAUGGGAUUGUUACCCAAUCAUGCAUCAGAUUGGCUCGAUUUUCAGCUACCACCUCAACGAAUGCAAUAUUCUCUUGUUUCUGAUUCAUUUAUCUCAUAA